UCAUCGGACGCAACAAGGAAGCAUGUGGACAAAAUUCCCUUGAAAAAUCCUCCCUCUCUCCCAUUGAUGGGAUUCAUAGUUGUAUUCUUUUAGUUACAAACAAGGGUAUGACACAAGAGGAUUAACUUGUAGAAGUGGACAAAUGCCUUUGUCAAUGUAUUUUUUAAAAAAACAUUCUACUCAUGUGACUUCAAAGUCAACCUUCUUGUUUAAAUUGUGCAGUUGUCAAGAAGUCUGGAUUAUGAUGAGUCUGAGUCUGAGUCUGAUUAUUCUGAGUCUGUGUUUAAAGCACAAACAUGUUUUUCUUUCUAGUUGUGUGAUAUAGUAUAGCUAUACAUGGGUACCUUGUUUUAUGAUUUAGAAGAUUGUGUUCUUUUUGAUGUAAUAUGAUAUACAUAUGUAGCUCUAUUUUGUGAUAUAUUGAAACCCAACAAAACAGAGCACUCUGUGCUUGCUUUGUUGGAGUCUUUCUCACAUAUUUCUGUUUCUUGGAGUCUUUCUCUCUGUCCGUCUCUUCUCUGUUUGUGAAUACAUUGAACUACAAGGUUCAAGUUCAAACCUGUUGAAGCCUUAAGAAUGAAGAGCAAGUUCUUCUGUUUCCGACCUCUCGGCAUCGAAACAGAGUCAGAACCCAAUGGCCCAGAUUGUUUCGGUGAUCGGGCACUUACAUGCAUCACACUCCCAAACUACAAAGAUGCGAAGAUUUCCGUGUCUAAAUCCCCUGUUCUGGACUCUGAAAACUUGAAAUCUUCAAAGAUUUCAAUUAAAAGUGACUCAAGCCGAUUGUUUUCUCGGGUUCUCAAAGCUGUUCUGUUCGAAAUUUCAUUGAGAAAGAAAGCUGGGAAGAGAAAAGCUCCUCAACUCAUGUUGGGUUCAGAAAGCAGCGAUUCAAACCCAUCAAAAUCACCCGAAAACACCGACACCGAUCUUCGGAGAAUCAAAGGAAAAUCACCAACUACGUCUAAAAACUCGUCCGACAAGAAAUCGUCAUCCAAGACUCAGUCCAAUUCCUCGAAACAGAGAAAACAGAGGACUCGUGACUGCCCCGAAUUGAAAACCCAAAACAAUGUGACUAGUACUAGUACUAGUUCUAGUUCUAGUUCAAGUUCAAAUUCAGGGUUUUUAUUGAUUCUCAUUGCGCUCCUAACUACAGUCUUCUGCGGCCGGGUUUGCGCUAUACUGUUUACAUGUCUGUUUCUUUACUUUCUACCUCGCCGGAAUAUUUGCGAAAGGAGAUCAGAAAACACGACGGUGAUAUCGCCGAAGAAGGAAUCCGCGACGGCUGGAGAUGACAAAAAGAGAGUCAUAAUGGAAGGGCUGCUAGAAAGGAACCACCAGAGGCGUGGGCAUUAAAUUUUUUAGACGUGAAAUAGAAAUUUGUCUCGCAUGUUCGUACUUCUCUGUGUGUAAUUUAAAGCUUUGGACAGUCUUUUAUUUUAUUUUGUUUUUCAUAGUUUUGGGAGGAGAAUAUCGAAGAUAUUCUUCAAAUCAGACUUUGUGCAGUUUUAUUAGUUGAUUGAGUUUUGGGUA